AUUUUUGAAAAAGGAAAAUGACGGAAGACGAGAGAGCAGGAUGGGAGCCCUCCCCAAAGAAGCAAAAGACGUCCAUGACCUCUCUGAAGAAUGACCUUUACCAGCAACGAUGUAGUCUGCCCAUCUACCCGGCCAGGGGCAAGCUUAUCACAGAGAUCCGCAAGGCUGCUAGUGUCGUCGUGCUGGGGGAGACAGGGAGUGGGAAAACAACACAGAUUCCUCAAUACCUCGUGGAGGCCGGAAUGACCAAAGCUGGCAUGAUAGCAGUAACCCAGCCCCGUCGUGUUGCAGCCAUUUCAAUUUCAACUCGAGUCGCUGAUGAGAUGGGAUGUGAGCUUGGGACACAGGUGGGCUACUGCGUUCGCUUUGACGAUGCAACCUCGGAACAAACCAAGAUUAAGUACAUGACUGAUGGUAUGUUGCUGAGAGAAGCCAUUUUAGAUCCAAGAUUAUCCAGAUAUAGCAUUGUAGUAUUGGAUGAAGCCCACGAGAGGACUGUUCACACAGAUGUCUUGUUUGGGGUCGUGAAAGCAGCUCAGCAGCAGAGAGUCAAUGGAAACAGACCACUCAAGAUUGUAGUGAUGUCCGCUACGAUGGAUGUUGAUCAUUUCUCAGAGUAUUUCAACAACGCUCCUGUCCUCUACCUUCAAGGCAGACAACACCCUAUAGAGUUGAUGUACUCCAGUUCACCUCAACCAGACUAUUUAUUCUCAACAUUGGUCACCAUCUUUCAAAUUCACCAGGAACAGCCAGUUGCAGAAGAUAUGCUUGUAUUUCUGACUGGUCAAGAAGAGAUUGAGAGCGUUGCUAGGUCAGUGAGAGAAGUAGCACUAGAUCUUCCUCAGGAUGUUCCAGGUCUUGUAGCCCUUCCAAUGUAUGCAUCCUUGCCUCCGGGUCAACAGCUUAGGGUCUUUCAACCGGCUCCUGCUGGCAAGAGGAAAAUAAUUUUAGCCACCAACAUAGCUGAGACAUCGGUCACCAUCCCGGGGAUCAAGCAUGUCAUUGACACAGGCAGGGUCAAAGCUAAGAGCUACCAGGCAGGAACUGGUUUAGAUCUGUUGAAGGUCCAGUGGGUAUCUCAAGCCCAGGCCUGGCAGAGGACUGGCAGAGCUGGAAGAGAGGACAGUGGGACAUGCUGGAGGAUGUACACAGAAGAUGAAUUUACGAAGCUCAAUGCCAAUACUAUUCCUGAAAUACAACGGAGUAACUUAGCGAAUGUUGUUCUCCAGAUCAUGGCUCUUGGCAUCAAGAAUGUGCUGACCUUUGACUUCAUGGACCCCCCACCAAGAGAGGCACUUGAGGCUGCACUGAAACAGUUAGAGCUCUUGGGAGCAGUGAACAGAGAGAGAAGUUUACAGCUAACACCUAUCGGCAAAGAGAUGUCCACGUAUCCAUUAGAUCCACCCAUGUCAAAGGUCAUCAUAAGUGCAAAGGAUUAUGGAUGUUUAGAAGAGAUCCUGACAAUUGUUUCUGUGCUCUCAGUGGAAUCAGUCCUUCACAGUCCAAUGAUCAAGAGAGAGAAAGCGUUAGCGGCAUGGAAGAAGUUCUAUUGCAGUGAAGGUGAUCAUGUGACCUUACUCUCCAUCUUCAGAGCGUACAAAGCUGUCAAGAACAAGAAGGAGUGGUGUAAAGUGAACUUCAUCAAUCAUCGUAAUGUGAAGCACGCGAUAGAAGUCCGCAAGCAGCUGAGAGAGCUGUGUGUUCGAGCCAACCUCCAACUGCAGUCAUGUGGACAUGACUUUACUCAAAUAAGAAAAUGUUUGACCCAAGGUUUGUUUAUGAAUUCAGCAGAGCUUCAGUGUGACGGAUCCUACCUGACGUUGGAUAGAAAACAGACUGUGGCCAUCCACCCCUCAUCCUGUCUCUUCCGAUGCAAGCCAUCCUACCUCUUAUACAGUGAACUGGUCCAUACAUCAAAGUGUUACAUGAGGAAUGUAUGUGUGGUGGAUGCUGACUGGCUUUAUGAGACGGCUCCUGCAUUUUUCAGGCAGAGAUAUGGAAAGAAAAGAUGACAGGAGUCCUAUUAAAGAGACAAGAAUGCUCCAAACGAUGCGUCAGGGAUGUGCGUGUCUUCAACGUCGACUGGCUUUAUGAGACGGCUCCAGCAUUCUUCAGACACAGAUACAUGAUGAUAAGGGCUACAUGUAUCUGAAAGAGACAAGAAGAACGCUCCGAAAGAUACAUCAGGAAUGUUGGGUCUUGGACGUGGACUGGCUUUACGAGAUGGUUCUGGUAUUCUUCAGAGGUACAGAAAGAAGAGAUGACAAGAGAGACGAGAAGAACAUUCUAAUAAAUGCAUCAGGAAUGUAUGUGUGUUGGAUGCUUAUUGGCUUUAUUAGACGACUCUGGCGUUCUUGAGCACAGGAACAGAAAGAACAGAUCACGAGAGUCCUACGUCGGAGACAAGAAUGAUCCAAACUUUACAUCGUGAAUGUACAUGUUUGUGUGAUAGAUGCUGAUUGGCUUUAUGGGACCUCUAUGAAAGUUUCAAGGAGAACCGGUCAAAAGAUACAUCUGGCCUUACAAGAUGACUCUGGCAUUCUUCAGAGGACAAGAGCUUGAUGAGAGAAACAAGAACGCUUCUAAAGAUAACAUCAGAAAUGCGUGUUUUUGGUGCUGACUGGCUUAUUGAGACAGCUUCAAGAGAUAUAUGAAAUAGGCUCUUUUGACAGAGGGUGCUGAAGUGUAGUACAGUAAUAUUUUAAAAAUCUGCAUAAUUCCUGUGUUUUUACUGUGGUACAAAUAAGUCUUCAACAGAUCAUGGGAAUUUGUAAGGGUGGAGAAUAAUUAUAUAAUAUUGACUGGCCUUGAGGGGAACAUCAAAUAUAUUGCCAGCAAAAGAAUCAUAUUGGCUCGA